UAUCAUUUCAUUCUGCAUUGAUGCACGGAUCAGAACACAUCAAGAAGUACGCUCGAUUUAUCUCGCCUUCGAACCAUAAUUAAAAUCAACGAAAAUAAAUAAACAAAGAAGUAAACACUGCGGGAUUUGUUUGCCGCCUAUACAAUAUCUUUAUUUAUUUAAGAAAAUAUGAGAAAUUGUGCUUACAUUAUAGUGGUGGUGGCUUGCUUUUGGCAGCAUUUUGUGCAAGAGAUAAAUGCCCAUAAUUUUCAAGAGCAAAUUCAACAUCUAAGAUCUGGAAAUGGCUACCAACAACAAAGUCAGUCGUCUCAGUACACAGUGCAUUAUAACCAACCACUGCCACACCAUUGGUCCAUUCAAAAUGGGUUUAUACCAAAUGAGGUUGGUCCCGAAUUCCUGCAACCAGAUUUAGAUCAAGGUCAUAUAACAUAUGUGGAUGUUGCCAACCCAUUCGAUAUUGGCAGCCAGUACCAACACCAAAUAUAUUAUGCGACUGACAACGGUGUUGACUAUUACGGACUUCAGAGUCAGGCUCAAGAUGGUUUGACACAGCAACAGGAGCAAUCUUUGACUGGCUAUAAAAACCGAAGAUUCAUGGAUCAAUCUCUAGCAACGACAAGAGAGAGUAAUGAACAACUUAACAAUCCAGGCCAAAGAAUGGCAUACGAUAAUGCAAGAAAUUCUCAUUUGCAAAUGAGAACCUGUGCUGGUUUUCAGUGUUACAAUGCAAAACAGUUUAGUGAAAAGCAAAGUCAACCUCGAGCUCAAGAGCGACAGCCCAACCAUAAUCAAUUAACUUUACCCGUCAAAUAUGACGCACCUACUCCAAAAGAAGAACAAAGACAGAGAGAGCUGUAUGACGAGCGACAGCAAGAGCAUCAAAUAUUCACUUCACCUGCAAAAUAUUAUGAUUCAGGAGAAGAACCAGAAAAAGUCCAAAGACAAAGGCAGGAGGAGCUGCAUUACAAUGUUCCCGAAAAAAAUAUAAUAACUCAAACAGAUAUUUCCCAUUACUAUAUACCUAUAACUAAAGAUCAAAAUCAACUUUUCUGCCAGGGGACGCAAUGUUCUGCACCUGAUAUAAGACAAGAAAUUGGACAAUCAAGGCAUGGGGUGGCAUCAGGUCCACAUGCACCCCUUCCACAAAUGAGAAUAAUUUCUCCUAAGCCUGUUAACGAUGAAAAUAUUCAAAGUCGAAAUUCAUAUUGUCCCAAUGGAUUUUUUGGUUUAAUGACAGACCCUACAGAUAGCUCUAAAUUUAUCGAUUGCUCUUUAACAAAGGCAGUUCAAAAUUCUCGCAAUUGCUCUUCCGAUUUGGGCAAAUUUUGCAAAGGAAAGCCGGACGGUAUACAUGCCCAUCCCUAUGAAUGUACAAAGUUUAUAACGUGCACCUAUGGUCGACUUUAUGAAACUGAGUGUGCAAUUAAAACGGAUUUUGAUGGUGUUUCUUGUAAUCACAAAUACAAUGUUCCAUGCAAUAAGAAAUCAGUGGAGCAAUUAUCAGAUGGAAAGCUUUUUAAAGCUCUGCCUAGUCUGGAAAAUAUUAAGUGCUUGCAAGGUCUUGACGGUGUCUUUCCUUCGCCUUUCAACAACAGAUUGUACUUUAAGUGUUUCGAUGGUAAAAUGUUCAAGAGAACAUGUGGAAAAGGAAAAUUUUUCAGCUUGUCUCGCAAACUUUGCGAUAUCAACGAAUAUGAGCGCUCUUUCGAUACAGCUUUACCUAGCGACUUGGUAUUGAGUAAACCAUUUCAGAAAAGAGAUGUACAAUAUCAACGUAAACGUAGAAAUAGUAAUGCUUCUACAGGCGUUAAUGUUAUUAAAUGUCCACAAAAUAUGAAAGGAAAUUUUAUACAUCCUUUUUUUAAUACGAAUUAUGUGAAAUGCUUAGAUGGAGUAACUGAAAUCGAGCGAUGUUUGAAUGGUGCCAUCUUCAGUAGACAUGAGAGAAAAUGCACACCAUGCAAUGAUGAAAGAAGUGUGAACGACGGUGGAAUUGGUUAUGCUAUGGAGGAAAAUCGCCACAAUGAAGUUUCAGAUGAAAACUUGGGUGUAUUUUGUGGACCUGAAAGUAAAGGUUAUUAUCCUCAUCCCACUAAUUGGCGAAAAUAUGUCAUAUGUCACAAAGGCGUUGUAACCGUAAAUCUAUGUCCCAAAAAUAAAAUUUUUGAUAUCGAUUUGGAAAAAUGCGUAGAGUAUGAAAAUAAAAUAUAAAAAUUAACCGUUGCGAAAAAAAAACGUAUUUGUAUAUCCCCACUUGAAAAAAAAAUAUGACUUUAAAACUGUUUAAGACGAAGCAAAAUAAAAAUUA